CUCACUUUUUUUCGUUUUUAUGCAUAAUUGUCAGCGCAUUAAGCCACCAGACUGAAAGUCAGGGACUUCACCACAAAUGGUAGAAACCCUAUAAUCUACCAAUUGAAAGCAAUGAAUUGAAAAGAAUGAUCUGCUUUGCCGAUAAAACGGCCUAGCUUUGAAUAUGUAAUAGAAAUUAGAACAAUUAAUCAACAUUAGAGGCUUACAUCUUCUACACCAUGUUUCGAAGAAUCCCGUUAUUUUGUUGGACCAACCGCCAAUGGUCCCACAAUUUGAAAACCCAUAUUAUUUACUGCUAUGAAAGAGAAGGAAGAACAACCUUUGUUAUGGUUCCUUGGGUUUACCAGCAUUGGUGGAUUGUCCCAGCACCAUGCCACCAAUUGGAACAUUUCCAAAGCUAUCUGGCUUGUUUUGUUCAUUGGGGGUACCUCAGCCACCUUGACCCAGCUUUACAGUAUUAUGACAACCUAUUUUGAAUACAAUGUGGUCACGAGCGUGACCAAUACCGAGGUUCAAUCACUCAAUUUUCCAGCAGUGACGAUUUGCAACCAAAAUGCCGUUCAUUGCGGGAACCUGAAGGACUUGAUUUGGAUCUUGAAUUCUACUCAAAGCAAUGAUAGUCAAAGCCUCGCAAAUUUAUGCCAACUCUAUAUUCAAGUCAAUUGUCCUGGUAGUGUACUUAUGACCGAACUCUUUAGUAAUGGAUACCCAAGCAACAACACAGUUUGUAAUUCCGACGUCGCUCGUCCCAAAAUAGACUUAAAUUCCGAAGACAAAUUUUUUAAGCUCCGAGAUGAAUUCGAUAAGAUCUAUAACACAAUUUCCCCUGAACACAAGAUGAUAAUAGCUCAUCAGCCAGAUAAGAUGUUCAAACGUUGCACCUUCCAAUCUAUUGUGGACACAUCCAUCCAUUGCCAACUCUUGCUCAAUGGAACAGGCAAGAUAUAUCAUCCAACAUAUGGCUAUUGUUACACCUUCAACUCAAAUAUUGAAGGGAGAUCGAAGGCUGAAACGGCCUUUGCUGGACCUUACUAUGGAUUUUCAGUAGAGGUUGAUAUCGAACGAUCUUAUUAUAUGAGAGUCUCCGCUACACAAAACGAAGGCAUUGCAGUGGCUAUCCAUCCGCCAGACAAAGACCCUCUUUUGGCCACGAGUGCCAUCAACGUCCUUACCAACACAUUAACAAGCAUAGCACUAAAACAAAUGGUGACUACACUCCAAGCUGAACCCUACACAUCAAACUGUUCCACAUCAUGGAACCGAUCUUCAAUGCCAAGCUUGGAAGGAACAAGGCGAUAUCACGCUGCUUUAUGCCAAGGCAAAUGCCUUUUUGACCUAUUCAAAGAGAAAUGCAAUUGCUCAUUGAACCAUUUGUACACCAUCAGCGACUCAAAUCCGAAAAGAACUUGCCUGGUGCAUACCUUAGACCAAUCUUGUAUGGAAAGAGGGGCAGAUAAAUUGACAGCCAAGGUUUUAAAAGAGACAUGUCUUUGUCCGGCCGAAUGUAACGAUGUAUUCUAUGAAUACAACACUAACUCCGUACGUUGGCCUUCUCAUGUGUUUUGGACCGAAUUGGCAAACAGUCAUCAGUUUCAAUACAAAGGGAAAAUCCUAAACCCUCUAGAUGCUUUUGAGGCCGUUUCUUCUCUGGAUCCCAACAUUAGUUUGAUAGAGCAAUACAAUACAAUCCAAAGCCAUGUAGAGAGUAAUUUUCUGAAGCUUCAAGUAUACUUUGCUGAUAAGUACGUCACCAAUAUUACUGAGAGCAAAGAGUUUACCCUCUCGGGAAUUUUGAGCACUGCGGGGGGAGCAAUAUCUCUAUGGUUGGGCACCUCAUUUAUUGCCUUGUUUGAAUUCGUGGAAUUGGGGGCCAGGUUUCUUCUAAAAUGUGGGAUCCCAAAAUAAUGAAUCA